AGUUCAAAGAUGUCUGAUUGCUCUGUAAGACUAAUCCUAUUUCUGAGAGGACUUUCAGCCUUUUUCAUCAGAGAAUGAUGAGACUGACAGAAAACACUGUAAUCACAUUUGACCUUUGGACCUUAAACAUGGAGCGCACUCAAACCUGAUCAGCAGGAGAAAUUAAAGGCAACGUGACGGUUCGGCUCACAGGAACUGAGCUUUAACUGACUUCUGAUCAGGUUCUUAGAUUGAAAUAUGAGUGAGAGAUCAUAGAUUUUUGUUACUGUGUGUCCUUGUUGUGAUAUUACAAGGAAAGCAAAAUGUUUUUCCCCUUCUCCUGGAUCCUGGGAUCUUUUGAAUGGAUGUUUUUUGAUUCAAACCCUGUAGACUGUUUUUUUCUAGGUGUUGUGGGUGCAUGUGGAGUAUCAGUGCUGUGCAACUUGACAAGAGUUUACAACUUCCUUCAGUCAUGCAGUGAUUCUGAGACUGAAACUGAAAGUAAACCGAGGUCACCCUCACAUGGCAGUCAGCAGAGAGGAAACUGGACCACAUCUCUGCAGUUCUGGUCCCUGGCGGUCCUGCUGUCCCUUGUGGGCUCAAAGGUUUCCUCUCUGAUUGUGCUGGAGUUUUCUCUCAGAGCUGUUUCGGCCUGGGCCUCAGCAGGACUGGAUGCCAAUGGUAGAGGUCUGGACCUGCUCCUGAUCCAGUGUCAGUUCUCCCUGGGAUGUGCCCUCACAUGCACUGUUGGCUUCCUCCAUCAGGGGGCUCCACACAGCUCCCUCUGCCUGUGUCUGGCAGCUGCUCUGAGCUGGGCACUGGCAAGUGUCAGCCACGGUCUGUGGAGCCAUGUGGCCAGACUCUACCCACUACACAGCAGAGAGCGUUACUGUGGGAAGUGCAUCACCCUGCUGGCCUCAGGACACACCAUACUGGCUUCUCUACAAAGAGCGGUUAUCUUGGUCUUUGCUCUAGCAACUGUGGCUUCCACCGCUACGGUUUAUGACCACUUCCUGUCCCAGAAGGAUGCUCUGAAGCUUUGGACUCCACUGACACUCUGCUACACCCUGUUGGUGUUCUACAUUCAAGAGGAUCAGCACCGGCAGACGGGCACGGAGGCUCUGCUGCACACUGUGGUGCUGCGACUGGGAGCCUUACUGGUGCUCAUGCUGACGGUGGGCGACUGGUCUGAUGUCCUCCAUGUCCUCAUCACUUUCCUGGGUGAAGCGGUCUGCCUGCUGCCCUCUCAGGACCUACUGAAGGCUGCAAUAAAGGAAGAAGAAGACAUGGGCUUUAGAAAACAUGACCAGAGCUUCAGCCACAAAACAAGACAACACUCAAUGAAAACAUCAUCAGAUGACAGAUGAUGGACCUGAAAUCUGCCUCAAAUACCAGACUACCUCAAAUGUCCAGAUAUGCUGAUACUUGUU